AUGGCAGCACCGACCAUCUCCGUUUGCAAGUUUGUAGGGACUGUCAGUUUAGGGCUCUUGACGGGCGUCUCAGCGACACUAUCAACCAUCACGCUCCCCUCUCUGCUUGCGUUGCCUACCGCUGUUGACGCCCGUACGACAUCCACCUACGUAUCGCACAAGUCGCAGAACAUUACCUCGUAUCUCCGUCACAUUACAACCUUCACACUCUUCUCUGCAUACCUACUCUCGCCUCGUCGACUCCGCCACCCAUACCUCCUCUACACCUCGAUAUUCGCUUUCGCUUCUGGUCCGGCUAUCGAUUAUGCUGUAUCGUUCCGCGCAGGCACCAACGAACGAAGAGCAGCGCUGGAUCUCGAAGCACAGGGUGAUGAUGUCAAUGGCGAGCAAGUGAGGCAGGCUGUUGAGAGGAAGAAGCUCACGGAGAGCGUAAAGGCAGUCUUCACAGGAGCUGCUUUUGCCAUGCAGAUUGUAGGAAUCUGGGGAGACGGCGCAUAG